UGACACAACGCAAGCUCGGUGUGUUUCUCGCUCUAUUGCGGCUUUUGCACGAUUUUUCAUCACGAUGGAUUCAAUCCCGAGAACGCAUAAAGAUAUUGAAGCUCAAAUAAGGGAAAUACAAUCAAAAAAGAAGGAAAUAUUGAAUGCAGCUGCUGAAAAGGAGCAAGUUGCCUUGGGGAAAACAGGCUUUUACGAUCAGGAUAUUUACGAUGGCAGUAAUAAUAAAUUUGACGGCUAUGUUACAUCGAUUGCUGCCAAUGAUGAGAUUGAGGAUUAUGAUCCAUUUGCGGACAGACGAAUACCCACCAUAACUGACAGGGAGGAAAAGGACUUUGAUCCGUUUGCGGAUAGACGACGACCUACUAUAGCUGACAGGGAAGAUGAGUACAGGCAGAAAAGACGGAGAAUGAUUAUCUCUCCUGAACGUGUCGAUCCUUUUGCAGAAGGUGGCAAGACACCUGAUGUUGGUUCCAGAACAUACACGGAAAUUAUGCGGGAACAAAUGCUUAAAGGUGAAGAAACUGAGCUGAGAAAGAGACUGGCAGAAAAGGUUAAAGAUGGCACAUUGAAAGCCAAUGGUGAACCUAAACCGACGCCUAAGAAGAGAGGUCGUUGGGAUCAAACAGAUGAUACUCCGGUGCAAAAAAAGUUGUCUGGUACUUCAGCAACACCAACAUCUUGGGAUAAUGCAGACGUAACACCAGCCGCUAUUAGAUGGGAUGAAACUCCAGGCCAUGGUAAAGGAGCAGAAACUCCUGGAGCGACUCCUGGAGUAAGCACAAGAAUGUGGGACGCCACUCCAGCUCAUGCGACGCCAGGAGCUGCGACUCCGGGCAGAGAGACACCGUCUCACGAGAAACCAGUUUCAAGUAGACGGAAUCGUUGGGAUGAAACUCCAAAAACUGAACGAGGUUGAAUUAUAUUGCUCGAUA